UUAAAACUGCACUAGGAACGGUCCCCAUCGUAAUUGUUAAGUUAGCCUAUAUGAAUUAAAGUUUUUCUCCUCCGUCGCGAGAGCUGCUGUCUGAAAGCAUCUCUGAAAGACGAGAGCUGGAGCCAACGGACGCGCGCUUUUGUCCUGGGCAGGAGGCGGAGCUGGUGACUGAACGAGCACAGCCUACCAAACAGCGCGCGCUGGUGUGUGUAUGUGUGUGUGUCUGAGAGAGAGAGAGAGCAGAGCAGUGGAUAUGGCCAAAGAGAGCGAAUAAAACUCGCUCGAGCACUUGUUCGUCACACAAUUGUAAGUGUGAAACAUCCCGCAGCCGCGCGCAGGAUUCUCCACGCGCAUCCAACCAGAUACGAUCUCACGAGCAGCAUCAACAAAAGAGAAAGAGAACAUAGUAUUACAAUCACGGAGCCUCGUUAUCUCACGAGUUUCUCCAGCGCUACGGUGAGGACAUAUAUCUCUCCUUCCCGCAUUUAAACUCCCACCAUCCGGCUGUCUGCAUCUCCCUGCUCCGUCUGCGGAGAUCCAUCAGCGCGCGAACAGCGGUGGUCUCCUAUCGGACCAUUGGAUUGGGGUUGACGCCAUGGGGACAGAGGGAGGGGGUCUUCGUCAUGGAUUCUGACUUUUUAAACACUUAAUAUAACACACAGAUUGCGAAAAGCCUAUCUAAGUAGUUGAGCGAGCUGCACUUUAGGUCGCAUCUCUUCCUGUCCUUCUUUAUCGAACGGGAUGGUUCCAGCGCAGAGUCGCGUGGGGUGAGAAGAUCUUGCAAGACUGGGAAGAAAAGCGAGAGAUCGAGGGAUUAUGGCACUCUUCGCGCUUUGUCUUUUUAUUCUGACUCUCACCUGCACGAACUUUGACCUGGUGACUGCAGCCAGACACGCUGUACACUGGAACAGUUCAAACAUAUUACUUCGUAAGGAGGGCUACACGGUGCAGGUGAAUGUCAAUGACUAUCUGGAUAUCUACUGUCCUCACUACAACAGCAGCCAGAGAGGCGUGGCCGAGCAGUACGUACUUUACAUGGUCAGUUAUCGUGGUUACCGUACGUGUGACCCGCAGCUGGGCUUCAAACGCUGGGAGUGUAACCGUCCCCACGCCCCACAUGCACCAAUCAAAUUCUCUGAAAAGUUCCAGCGCUACAGCGCCUUCUCGCUCGGCUAUGAGUUCCACGUUGGGCAGGAGUAUUAUUAUAUCUCCACACCCACUCAUCACCACGGGCGGAGCUGCCUGAGAUUAAGAGUGUAUGUCUGCUGCUCAACAGCAUCUGAUUCAGAUGAUGAGCCCCAGCCCAGAGAGCCAGACUACACUCUAAGACCCAACAUCAAAAUCGAUGACCUCGAUGACUAUGAUAAUCCCGAGGUCCCUAAAUUGGAGAAGAGCAUCAGCGGUAGCAGUCCAUCCAGAGAUCGCCUUCUCCUAACCGUGGCAUCACUUUUCUUCAUCACCCUCUCGGUCUCCUAGCAUCCACCUCCUAUCCGUCACAACACCAACGAGGCCUUGAGGGGGGAAAGGAAGGAUCUAGGGCCGACAAGUUUGCAGAUAAAAACUUGGAAAGGAACAGAAAAUAAAUGAAUCACUUGAUGCUGCAACAGCUUACGAAGUGUCAAGCACCAGCCCACAAUUCAACAGUUGUUUCAUGUCUUAAAACGGCGACACAAUUUGCAUGUCGCACAGACGAUACUAAUACAGAUCUGAACACCAUAAUGAGAACUAUGCCAUUUCAGUUUCAAUAGUGCAGAUUUUUUUGUGUGUUUGUGUGGCGCCUUCGGUGCUUGGGGGUGGAGCGGAUCUUCCCUUCCCUCAGAAGGUUUGAUGGCUCCAUUAUCUUUGAAUUGGCAGGUUAAGAGUUUAAAAGCGUCUCAGAUUCAGUUUGAUAAGAUCUGUAAUGAAACCGUCGAGAAGCUCCUGUUACUCUUCGCUCAAACCUGGCAAAAUAUCUGAACUACCGUUUAAUCCAAUUCCAAAAGUGUUUGUUUCUCUCUGUGUGUUUCUGUUGCUAGAGAGACGUACAAACCGCUGGAUGAUCAUGUAAUUGCCGUCAGGGAUGAACAGCAAUAUUCAUUUGAUGAGUUUAAACAAGUCUAUAAUAGAAACCGAUCUCACAGACUUGAAAUCAGCUCAUCUUUUACUUUUCUAUUGACGAGGCGACAAUUUAUAAAGCGUUAAAAAAAAUCCAAUUACAUCUGAUUCUUAUUUGAACGUAUCAUAGUCGCACAUGAGGGGCCGAUAUGGUUGUUCUGUGAUGCAGAAAAUUGAGAAAGAAGUGAUUUCGCACGAGCGCCAGCACAAACGCAUUAAACACAUCGAGACAAACAGAAGCCAAAUAGCUUUUUGUUGUUGUUUUCUUUCCUUUUCCUUUUGAUAAAAGGUGCUUGAGUGAGUGAGUGAGUGAGUGAACGAGUGCAAGUGUGUAUGUGUGCGAGUGCAUUAGCUCAGUGAUGCUGGAAUAAUCUCCUCUAGACUUUAUGGACUUGAACUGGAGGUGGACACCUACACAGACACUGUACAUAAGACACAUGCAUUUAUUUAUGUGUGGACAUUGUGGACGGUCUCCGCUCAUUCGUUCGGACCACACUGAUUCCCGCUGGAUUCGGAAGAAGUCCAAACCAUCUUCAGCGGGUUUGUUCCAGUUUGAACCGGCUGUCGCUGCUUGCUACUUGACUUCUUUCGGUGGUGAUCAGCAAGACCAAAUGGAAAUUGAGGGGUCUGGUGGUUAUAAUCCGUUUCUACGGCAACAGUUAUUCAGCUAUACACACACCUAAAGGCACUAGAGUCCAGCAGGAAAUCAGAACAACACACAUGAAAAGAAAUAACAGCAAUUACUGGCAACGAUUCUGGUGACACUUUUGCCAAGAGUAAUACAAGCAAACAAAUGCUUCGGGGCAGGUAGUUAUUGCGUUCUUAUGAGCUUUUCAAGGAAUAAACAGCAGUGUAUGCAUCAAUCAUUUUACAAAAAGGUUCAAAAUUAAGGUUCUAACUCUUUUUACAUAGACUAGGGCCUUAUCACGAUGGUAACGACAUCAUAUCACGGCUCAUGAUAAUAGCAACCAGCGCCGCUUCUCGCUCUAGAGACAUGCAAAUACUGCUUAAACUACCGAUGGCAUGUGGUUUAGGAGAAAUGAUGUGUGGUAGAGGUUUUCUAACUUAGAUUCAUAAUGGACACCUUCUCUCACACCUACAGGCUGUCUUUAACAAAUUGAUAAAGCCGUUUAUUGUAUCAUUCUGCUUUUGCUCUGAAAAAUCAUUUCAAUUUCUGUGGAACAUUACAUCUGCUUUAUAUUCCAUUACUACGGCUGCUGUGGUUUCACUGAUUUAGAGCAACUUCAGAACAAACUGAACACUAAUUUGAAUGCUCGAAAUGAUACUUUACAGACUUGAAUCUACAGUUAAUUUGUUUCAUGUUGUCUUUCAAAGACGUUGGGUUGAGGAUAAGUAGUUUUUUGUGCAUUUGGGUAUUUUGGGGGUUCGUUUUUUUCUGAUGGAAUAAUGUAAUAUUUCAGAAGAGUGGAUCAGGCAAAGUAUCACUCUUCAAAUGUUGCACUUACAAAAACUUGGACACGAGAAUUGUGUGUGUGUGUGUGUGUGUGUGCGUGUUAGACUGCAAUUGUUAGAAGUUGAUGUUUGUUUUAAAAAUAGCCUAAAUAACCUUUUAGUGUGCGUGUGUGUGUGUGUGUGUGCGUGUGAAAGAAAGAGAGAUCAAAAGGUAAUAAAGAUAGAGGACGGUGUGAAUGUGUGUGUUUAUGCAAGUUGUUAUCCAUUGUUUAGUCUAGGCAUUUUCUGUA